GUUUAAUUUUUUUUUUUUUUUUUUUUUUGAAAGGUGUAGUAAAAGACAAAACAUCAUGAAUGAAUUAGAAAGAUAUUUUAUGUUAUAAAAAAAAAAAUAUUAUAAAUUAUUUUACCAGCAAAGCAUAAUUGACGGUUUUCCAGUGUUUGAGAAAGCAUUCCGCAUAUUGUAUUCAUCGGAGUAUUUAACCUCAUACCCAACUAUAUAUAUCCCUGGGUGCAUCAAAAUGAAUACAAACCAGAAACUACAAUCCCAUCCACUUCUCUUUCACACAUUAUAACAGGACACGUGUCAACCUUGAAGAUGGACACCAAGAUCGGUUCAGUGCAAGCCGUUGUCCCAAACGGCGACGUAUGCUGUCCUCCACACAGUGGCGUUUCCCCGGUCCAGACGUCAACCGUUCCAUUCAACUUCUCUGAGGCGACACUGGGCCGUCACCUGGCUCGACGACUCGUACAGAUCGGAGUCUCUGACGUCUUCUCUGUUCCCGGUGACUUCAACCUGACUUUGCUUGACCACCUUCUCGCUGAGCCUGGGCUGAACCUGGUGGGGUGCUGCAACGAGCUCAACGCUGGAUACGCCGCUGACGGUUACGCUAGGUCCCGCGGCGUUGGCGCCUGCGUUGUCACCUUCACCGUCGGUGGUCUUAGUGUUCUCAAUGCCAUAGCUGGAGCUUACAGUGAGAAUCUACCGCUUAUUUGUAUUGUCGGUGGACCCAAUUCUAAUGACUACGGUACUAACAGAAUCCUUCAUCAUACCAUCGGAUUGCCGGAUUUUAGUCAAGAGCUUCGUUGCUUCCAGACCGUCACUUGCUACCAGGCUGUGGUUAACAACUUGGAAGAUGCACAUGAACUGAUCGAUACCGCGAUUUCCACUGCUUUGAAAGAAAGCAAGCCGGUUUACAUCAGCAUUAGCUGUAAUUUACCUGCUAUUCCUCAUCCUACUUUUAGCCGAGAACCGGUUCCGUUUUCGCUCUCGCCCAAGUUGAGUAACGAGAUGGGUUUAGAAGCAGCAAUCGAGGCUGCAGCGGAGUUCCUGAACAAGGCGGUCAAGCCAGUGAUGAUUGGCGGUCCCAAAAUGCGAGUUGCGAAAGCGUGCGAGGCGUUUGUUGAAAUGGCUGACUCAUGUGGCUAUGCGGUUGCUGUCAUGCCAUCAGGGAAAGGGCUAGUUCCGGAACACCAUCCGCAUUUUAUUGGGACAUACUGGGGUGCUGUAAGCACACCUUUUUGUGGAGAAAUUGUAGAAUCUGCUGAUGCUUAUUUAUUUGCCGGACCUAUAUUCAACGAUUACAGCUCUGUGGGUUACUCUCUACUUCUCAAAAAGGACAAGGCGAUCAUCGUGCAGCCUGAUCGCGUAGUGAUCGGUAACGGGCCAACGUUUGGUUGUGUGUUGAUGAAGGAUUUCUUGGUCGGUUUGGCAAAGAGACUUAAGAAGAACACGACUGCGUAUGAGAAUUACCAUAGAAUCUAUGUCCCUGAAGGGCAUCCGGUGAAGGGUGAUCCUAAGGAAGCAUUGCGGGUUAACGUUCUGUUUGAACACAUACAAAAUAUGUUGUCUGGUGAUACCGCUGUGAUUGCUGAAGCCGGAGAUUCCUGGUUCAAUUGCCAGAAGCUAAAACUCCCAAAAGGAUGCGGGUACGAGUUCCAGAUGCAAUAUGGAUCAAUCGGGUGGUCAGUUGGUGCUACACUUGGGUACGCACAGGCUGCGACGGAUAAACGAGUGAUUGCUUGUAUUGGUGAUGGAAGUUUCCAGGUUACAGCACAAGAUGUGUCAACGAUGAUCCGGUGUGGGCAGAAAACCAUAAUUUUCCUGAUUAACAACGGUGGGUACACGAUUGAAGUGGAGAUCCAUGACGGGCCUUACAACGUGAUUAAGAACUGGAACUACACUGGUUUUGUUGAUGCGAUCCACAAUGGUGAGGGCAAGUGCUGGACUAGCAAGGUGUUUUGUGAAGAAGAACUUGUUAAAGCAAUCGAGACGGCAACCGGAGAUAAAAAGGAUUGCUUGUGCUUCAUUGAAGUGAUUGUUCACAAGGAUGAUACCAGCAAAGAGUUGCUUGAGUGGGGUUCAAGAGUCUCAGCUGCCAAUAGCCGUCCUCCAAAUCCUCAGUAAUGCUACCAAUAUUAGGAUAUAUGGUGUGAGAUGAUCGAACAUUAUGAUGUAAAAUGUUUUCAGAAUCUGUAUUAUGAUAUAUUGGAACAUUAUGAUAUGCAUGCGUUAUUUUGAAAACCAA